ACUCCCCAAGAAGAGAAUCCUCGUUGCCUUUAGAGCUCCAACAUUCCUUCUUGUCUCCUUUGGUUUUGCCCCGAGUCCUUUCAUAAGCUAUAUGGUGUCGCCGGCAAGCUUAUAGCUUGGAUCUUCGGCAAACUUUUUUGUUCAAUUUAUGGUGCGACAUGCUGAGUGACAUCCGCAAGCUUAUAGCUUGUAUCUUGCCCUAGCUUGAAUCUAUAUAAGCUUGCGGGUGUCACUAAGUGCCCCACACUGUGAUUUGAUCGCUCAAACUCACAACGAGACACGGAUUAGCUCGGAUUGUGCCGUUCUCAGAUAGGAGGGAUUCAAUUCCAAUUAAAAAAUGGGCCCCAAUUAUGGCUCAGGUGGUUAUUGGGAGUCCUGCCCCAUAAAGAAGUGGAUUUCUUUCAAGAAAUUGGCUGUGACCAGAUUGAAGAUUCUUGUCUUUGAUGAAGCUGAUCAAAUGCUUGCGGAGGAUGGUUUUAAGGAUGAUUCCUUGAGGAUAAUGAAAGAAAUUGAAAAAUUCAAUUCUAGCUGCCAGCUGACCAGCAAGUGCGCUAGGUCGUCCAAGUAAUACCUUACGUGAGUAAGGGUCGAUCCCACGGAGAUUGUCGGCUUGAAGAAAGCUAUGGUCAUCUUGUAAAUCUCAGUCAGGCAGAUUCAAAUGGUUAUGGAGUUUUGAUGAUUAAAAGAUAGAUAAUCAUAAAAUAAAGAUAGAGAUACUUAUGUAAUUCAUUGGUGGGAAUUUCAGAUAAGCGUAUGGAGAUGCGUAAUUCCUUCUGAAUCUCUGCUUUCCUACUGCCUUCAUUCAACCAUUCAUACUCCUUUCCAUGGCAAGCUAUAUGUUGGGGAUCACCGUUGUUAAUGGCUACCUCCCGUCCUCUCAGUGAAAAUGGUCCUUUAUGGUUUCUGUACGGCUAAUCAACUGUCGAAUUUCUCAUCUCGGAUGAAAAAUA